AUGGUGCCCACGCCGGGGACCCUGCGCCCCGGACGACCCCGCCCCCGCGGCAAAAAGUCCCACCAGCGGACGCCCGGCUCCGAUUCGGCCGAGCCCAGCCGCCCGGUCGAGGAGGGUGCCGCUGCCGGCCGGCCCGCCCGUGGAAAAUCCGAGGACGGGCCCCGGCCGCCCCGGCACCCGGCCCACCUUGGGCAAACCGGGGACGGCGAGUCCGAUGGCGCCCACGCCGAGGACCCUGCGUCCCCGCCAGACCCCCUGGCCGCAGGUCGAAAGACCCCUCCCCAGACACACCGCGUACAACACGCGAGUCAAUGGGAAAUUCGCAAUCGAGGGCGACGCCGGACGACCCGACGGCGCGGCGGCGGAGGCCCGGCCCGCCCCGGGCAAACCGAGGACGGCGGAUCCGAUGGUGCCCACGCCGGGGACCCUCCGCCCCCGGAUGACCCCGUUCUCGGGGAAAACGCUCCGCCGGGCGGACCCCCGGCCCCUUCCCCCGCUGCCUCGAGAUCCGCCGGUCAGAAUCGCCUGCAAAAUCCAGGGAUGGCGGGCGGGAGGCUGGGCUCGGCAGGCGGGGCGCUGUCGGCCCGCUGCGUCGAGAUCCGCCGGUCGGAAUCGCCUGCAAACUCCAGGGUGGGUUAA